AUGUUUGGGUUGACAAUGUUGGUUGUUAUUGAGUUUGCUUCUGAUGUCUGCGAUGAUGACUGGAAAAAGUUUCAAUCGUUUCUCAUAAGCAUGGACAGAGGGAGUAAGAUCAUAAUCAUAAGUAAACUUAAAAUAUUAGCCCGGUUUGGAUCAGUGAAACCAAUUUUCCUUAAGGUUCUAUCUUAUGAUGAGAUGAGGUACCUUUUCAAGGCAAUGGCAUUCGGGAGCGUAGACCCCGCGGAACAUCCACAGCUAGUACAAAUAGCAGAUGAAUUUGUCAAGGUGGUGCACGAUGUGCGAGGUUCACUCGUCGAAAUAAAUGUGUUCGCGGAUGUCCUGAGAAGGAAUCUCCAUGUUCAGUUUUGGCGUAGCGUAUUGAACAAGGGUAUAAGAUACUUUAAAAGGAACCUCUCUAUAUAUGGUGUGCACCCAGGCAUUCUUAUAGAACAAGGCCAUCUAGUGGACAUUUCUGACUUUGCUUUGCAUCCACUUAGCAUGACAUUGGGGGAACCACUAGUUAAUGUUUCAAUCAAGGAGGAACCACCAAGUGUUGCAUUAGCGGAACUUCUAGCAAAUCCUAGUAUCAGACCAGAAGGAGACUUCACCUUAAUUGCAUGGAAAUCAAGGAUAGCGCCUCAUAAAUCAUUCACUCAUUAUGUUACAAGUCAUGCUCCGGAAACAUAUGAAGGUAGCAAGUUGGAAGGUAGUGCCUUGCCAAGGAGGAAGCGACGAGGAGUGUCAAUCUAA